ACACAAGUGAAACACCAUGAAUAUAACGUAUCCAGCACUACAAGAUUCAGUUUGCUCUUCCCAUUUAUUGUCUGGACGGAAGUUCGAUGUCUCGAAACUGUCUGGACGAAGAAAAAUUGCUAGUCUGUUGACAGAGUUCAUCCGACAGAAUAAUGUUGCCAAAGUGAAAAAUACGUUGAACGUAUACAACAUGAAACAAAGAUAUAUGAUCGUGUCACUGAAAAUAAACGGCUGUCCUUUAAUUUUUACGGCAUCGCAUGCAGGUAACAUAAGUCUCGUCAACUAUUUCCUCGAUCAAUGUGAUGCCAACAUCGAACAACGUGGAACAUAUGUUGGAAUGAAAUGCACACCGCUAUGGAUCGCUGCACUUCGGAAUCAUUUCUACGUGGUGGUUGCAUUGGUCGACCACGGUGCUGAUAUCAAUACGCAAGCAAGUUCUGGCAAAAGCGCCGUCAGCAUUAGCUGUCGAAACGCUAAGAUUGUUAAGUAUCUCAUUCAACAAGGUGCCGACAUUGAUUUGCCAGAUGCCAGAGGUCGCACAUGUUUAAUGUAUUCGGCCCCACAUUUGAACAUAUGUCGUCGCUUGUUGUCUCUCGGAGCAAAUGUUAACAGAGUUGAUCAUAAGGGGCAGGACGCUCUCCAUUUCGCAAUAAAACGAGGGCAGUUAAAAACAGUGGAUUUAUUUGUAAGACAUGAAAGUAAUCUUUUGAGGAAAGAUAAUCACGGGAUAACACCUUUGGAGUUUGCAGCUAUCCAUAACAAACCGGAUAUUUUGGAAUAUCUAAUCUCCACAAAUCAGUACGGUAGAGAAUCUAUAAUAUCAGCUUAUGAACUGUUGGGCAGCCAGUUUGCAAUGGAUUAUCACUUGACUUAUAAUGCAGAACAGGUGAAGAUAUGGUGGUUUAGAGCCCUAGAAAUGAGCUACGGAGACACAACUCAGACACCAAUCAUCAAGCAUUUAUCCACUCAUCAAAGACUGGUCACUAAUUUUAUCGGGGAAGAAUUUACAAGCUGUGACUUCUUGAAUCAAAUUUUACACGAUGUGAACUCAAUAUGGACUCAAGGUCUAUUGGUGCAGUCACGGAUACUGGGACCCAGACAUCCGACUGUCAUCAAAUCAUUCAUGAGAAAAACGUGUUUUCAUAUUAAUCGUACUGACUUUCAUUCUAGUUUGCAAUUAUUAUACUGUCUGUUGAUUUUCUUCGAACAGUUCGCGGACCCAUUACAAAACGAUAUCCUUGAUGUUGUAGGAACGUUCAGUUCCAUCUUGAUGCACACGGUAUUAGCAAAUAAUUCCAGCACUUACUAUAUUUUCCGCAUAUUCCAUUGCUUCGUCAAAUACGUUAGCUAUAAUAUAAUUCCUUACUUGAAGAAAUAUGGUCGGAAUUUAACGUUCCACAAAAUACCAGAUUUUGAACGUUUUUUAGUUGAAAUUCUCGACUUACUUGAAUUCAUAUUGAACUUUCCGUUGCCCGAUUGUCAAGCAAGCGAGAUUGAAAACAGUCUAGGUGAACUCUUACGCCAUCAUCCACGUGGUAUGAACCAUAUAACGCUACUACAACUAUCAAUCCGAAUGUAUCGCACUGUCAGUGUAGUUGAAAUGCUUCUGCGAUGCGGUGCGGACGUGAAUGCCAUUGACAACGAAGGCAACACCGCGAUACAUUACGCUAUUCUGUAUCCUUCACAACACCAAAUAGAAAUAUUGUCCUCUUUACUUCAAUACGGAUGCCAUGUGGAUAUUGUCAACAAUAAUGGCUAUUCUGCACUGGAAUAUCUUCAGCAUUGCAGAUUAAUAACCAGCUCUUUGAAAUACUGUACGCUUCAGUGCAUUUGCGCCAGAAUCAUCCGUGAACACAACGUCAACUACAAACACAUACUGUCAAAAGAUUUGGCAUAUUUCGUAGAUAAGCAUGUUGAACGGAAGUUCGAUGUCUCGAAAUUGUCUGGAAGAAGAAAACUUGCUAAACUGUUGACUGAAUUCAUCAGAGACAAUAAUGUUUCCAAAGUGAAAACUACGUUGAAGAAAUACAACUUGAAACAAAGAUAUAUGAUCAUCUCAUUGAAAGUAAACGGCUGUCCACUGUUUUUCACGGCGUCAGAUGUAGGUAACGUAAGUCUUGUUAAUUAUUUCCUCGAUCAAUGUGAUGCCAACAUUGAACAACGUGGAACAUAUGCUGGAAUAAAAUGUACACCACUUUGGAUCGCAGCACUUCGAAAUCAUUUCUACGUGGUGGUUACUUUGGCUAAACGCGGUGCUGACAUCAAUACGCAAGCAAGUUCUGGCAAAAGUGCCAUCAGCAUCAGCUGUCGAAAUUCUAAGAUUGUUAAGUUUCUUGUACAGCAAGGUGCCAAUGUUGACUUACCAGACGCAAGAGGCCGCACAUCUCUAAUGUGUUCGACAGAACACUUGAUCAUAUGUCGUCGCUUGUUGUCUCUCGGAGCAAAUGUUAACAGGGUUGACCAUAAGGGUCAGGACGCUCUCCAUUUCGCAAUAAAACGAGGGCAGUUAAAAACAGUGGAUUUAUUUGUAAGACAUGGAACUGAUCUUCUGAGGAAAGAUAAUAACGGCACAACACCUUUGGAGUUUGCAGCUAUCCAUAACAAACCGGAUAUAAUAGAAUUUCUAAUCUCCACAAAUCAGUACGGUAGAGAAUCUAUAAUAUCAGCUUAUGAACUGUUGGGCAGCCAGUUUGCAAUGGAUUAUCACUUGACUUAUAAUGCAGAACAGGUGAAGAUAUGGUGGUUUAGAGCCCUAGAAAUGCGCUACGGAGACACAACUCAGACACCAAUCACUAAAGAUUUACCAAGUUAUCAAAGACUGGUCACUAAUAUUAUCGGAGAAGAAUUUACAAGCGUUGAUAAUUUGAACCAAAUUUCACACAAUGCGAAUGCAAUGUGGACUCAAGGUCUAUUGGUGCAGUCACGAAUAUUGGGUCCCAGACAUCCGACUACGAUCAAAUCACUAAUGAGGAAAAUAUGCUUCCACAUAAAACGGUGUGAAUUCCAUGAGAGUAUACAAUUAUUAUACUGUCUGUUGAGCUUCUGUAAAUAUUUCUCUGAUCCCCUUCAGAACGAUAUCCUUGAUGUGAUAGAAACGUUCACAUCGAUUUUAAUGCACACAAUAUUAACAAACAACACCAGCACCCAUCAUUUAUCUCCUAUUUUCCAUUGCUUCAUCAAUUACGUAUGUUCACAUGUCAUUCCAUACCUGAAACAACAAGGAACAACGAUAAGCAAUCAAAAAGUACCCGAUUUGGAACGUCUUCUAAUUGAAAUUCUGGAUUUGCUUGAAUUAGUUUUGAACUAUCCCCUAGAUGAAUUACAUUCAAAAGAAAUCGAAAGCAGUUUAGUGGAACUCAUAAGUCAUCGCCCACGUGGAAUGAACCAAAUAAGUCUGCUGCAACUUUCAAUUCAAAUGUACCAUCCUCUUAAUGUAGUUGAAAUGCUUCUGAAAUGCGGUGCAGACGUGAAUUCCAUUGACAACGAAGGCAACACCGCGAUCCAUUAUGCUAUUCUGUAUCCUUCGCAAUAUCAGACAGAAAUAUUAUCUUGUUUACUGCAAUAUGGAUGUCAUGUUGAUAUCGUCAACAACAAUGGUUAUUCUGCACUAGAAUAUCUCCAGCUUUGCAAAUUGGUAUCCAACCCUUUGAAAUACUGCACGCUUCAGUGCAUUUGUGCCAGAAGCAUUCGUAAACACAACGUAAACUACAGGCAUGUACUGUCAAAAGAACUGGUAUAUUUCGUUGAUAAGCAUGGCUAAGUACUACUGUUUGCAGUAAAUUUUCUAAUUAAUAAAUAAAAUUGUCUUAAACGUUUGUAAUAAAGGAUUACAAACAAAUAAAAGAGCAAUCGUGA